AUAUUUCGUUGACGCAGUUACAAUUUGUGUUUAUAAAAGAACGUAGGUAGUUCUAAAGUGGCACUGUAACAGAAAAUUUUAGAUUUGUACUUUUGUAUAUAAUAACAAUCUAUUGUGAAUAAUAUGUUUCGUGUAAGAAAUAGUUGUAGCUACUACGUGAAAUUGGAUAUGUCGAUUCUGAUUAUAUGUUGCUGGACGUUAAUUCCAAAUAUAGGUGCUUACGCAAUCGAUGAAAGAAGCUUUCAAUACUUAAAUAGUAUUUCCUCAGAGGAUUGGAAACGUGACUUAGACUUUGGAAUCGAAUCUGUAAACAGACAGAAAAGGCUUGAAGGAACUCUGGUGAAGUCAGGAGUAAUUGUCGAAAAAGGUGGAAUCUCACAUACUCAUCUUUUGGAUGCUUUGCCAAACGAAGAAGCAAAAAUGGACAAUGACGUUGCUAGUAAGCUUUUGGCUGCUAGUCUUUAUAUCUUCAAUAGUAAAUGUCUACCCCAUGGAAUAAAUGGCAAGGAUUGCGAAACAUUUUUAUCAAAUAAGUCACUUCCAAAAGGAAGUGAAUUGUUACAAAAAUGUUUAAGAAUCAUUGAAAAACGACGCAAUGGCCACAACACAUUUCGAAGAUUAUUGGAUCGCCAUUAUCAGGAUGGCAUUUAUCAGAUGUUGCCUCUUGUUUCACCCCUCAUGGUGAGUAAAUCCUUGCACAACUUGAGUAUGAAAAAAAAUCUCGAGGACAAGCAAAGAAACCUAGCUGUUAUACAGUGGACUCAAUUCGUUGAGCAUGAUCUCAGUAAACCUGUAGUUACAACAAUGAGAGAUGGGAGUCACAUUGAAUGCUGCGAUAAUAACAGCUUUGAGCUCGUACCCAGAUAUCGGCAUCCAUUUUGUGCUCCUUUGAUAAUAAGAAACGAUGAAUCGCAGUACGCAAAAGUUAACUGUUUCAAUUAUGUACGUAGUGCUGUUGCUGUCAGCACAAAAUGCACAUUCGGAGCUGUGGAACAAUUAAAUCAAGCAACAUCCCUUUUGGAUUUAUCUCAACUAUACGGUUUCACAGAUGAGGCGCAAAAACGCAUGCGCACAUGGACAAAUGGUCAAAUUAAAUUCGCCGCCAAGAUUUCAAAUAUCUAUAAUGAUGAACUAGCUGUGGUUCCUGGCGACUGGAGUAAUUAUUGUGCGUUCAAAAAUCCGUCCAUGCAAACUAGUCAAUGUUUCAUGGCUGGCGAUUCUCGAGUAAACAAUAGCCCACUCACGAUAUCUAUUUAUACACUAUUUAUGAGAAAUCAUAACCAGAUUGCCCAAAAACUAACUAAUAAAUAUCCAUUAUGGCAGGAUGAAGAUAUUUUCAAAACGGCAAAAGCAAUUAACAUUCAAAUCUAUAGGAAUAUUGUUUUUGACGAGUGGCUGCCCACUGUGUUGGGCGAGGAUGUUGCUGUUAAAAUGAAAGAAUUUUCGUUCAGCAAGGAAUCUGUGGACCUUGAUAGAAUUUCAAAUGAAUUUGGGAUCGCAGCCAUGCGGUUUUACAUGUCCAUGAUGCCCAAUUUUCUGCAGAAUUUUACUGAAGUAAAGCGUGUGGAAUACACUACAUCGGGUUCGCUUCCGCAAGAAAAUGGAGUUAUCCGCAACGAAAAUUUAGUUUCAUUUCUUAAUCAAACAUAUAAGCCUGAUUUGGAAUAUACUCCUGAACAAAUUGAUACCAUACUGGAAUCGAUUUUAAACCAACAUGCCAUGAAAUUAGAUACAAUAUAUGAGGACAGUCUAAUUUGGAAUAACUUUGGCGUGAAUAGACCCACACAUGGUGAUCUGCUGGCUUACGAUAUUCAACGAGGGCGAGAUCAUGGUUUAAGAGGCUAUAUUGACUAUUUGAAGCUUUCAGUUGGACAAAACAUCGGUAGCUGGAAAGAUCUCGAAAGUUUUAUAGAAAUUGACGUGCGUAAUAAAAAUAAUGGAAAUCAUACGAGGGGCGUGGUGCAUCAUGAGUUCUUGCCACGGGGAAGAACGGUCAAUAAGGAAUAUUACCUGCAAGUUAUGCGCAAUUUGCGAGAGGCAAUCCGCUAGAAACGCCCGGAUUUGUGGAAGAACAAAAAUUGGCUUUUGCACCACGAUAACGCCCCUGCUCACACACAUCGUUGCUUGUGCGCGACUUUUUGGCCAAAAACAACACACUAAUGAUGCCGCAGCCACCGUAUUCCCCAGAUCUGGCCCCCUGUGACUUUUUCUUGUUCCCUAAACUGAAGAGGCCCAUGAAAGGAUGACGUUACGCUUCUCUUGACGAGAUGAAGACGGCAUCGAAAGAGGAGCUGAAGAAGAUAAAAAAAAAUGAUUUUUUGAAGUGCUUCGAAGAUUGGAAAAACCGUUGGCACAAGUGUAUAAUAUCUCAUGGGGAUUACUUUGAAGGGGACAAAAUAGAUAUUCAUGAAUAAAUAAAUAAUUUUUGAAAAAACACAAAAUUCGUGAUACUUUUUGAACACACCUCGUAUAUGGUCACUGAGAAAACAAAAACAUUUAUGUGAUUGUUCAGAUUAUUGCAUUUGCUUUGUUCAAUACCCUAAAUUGAAACUGAAAUACAUAUAAUUGUCUUUGUU